UCCCCCCAGUGUCCCUCAGUGUCCCCUCAGUGCUGAGAGAUGGCGCCCAGCAAGGGCUGGGGCAGAGCAAACCCUCCAGGACACCUCAGCCCUCAGCGAGCCCGUCCUGCAGGAGCCUGUUUGCAAUGAAAAUCCUGCUUUUGUCCCUUUCUGGCUGGUUCUGCCCGAGUUCGUGUGCUGAGGGACAACUCAGAAGCAGAUUCACUAAAAUUUAGCUUUUUUUGCUCCAGACAUUAGGCCUCACCUUGUGCCUCUCACCCUGUCUCCACCCUCUGGAGCAGCUCCGGAGCCUCGAGCCCGUGGCACUGGGGUGGCUCCAGUGCCACAUCCUGGUGGGUCCCUUUGCAGGGACACAGGGACAGGGAUGGACAAACAGGAUCGGGACAGGUCUCCUGCUGUGCCCAGCAGGUUCUUGGGCGUUUCUGCUGCAUCCUCCCCAGCAGUGUCACCCAGGACCCACAUUCCAGACCCAGGAGAUUUCCUGUAAAAUUAAAGCAAUACCAUGAAAGGCUCCAAGUCAGUUAAAACAUGUUUAUAUGAGAAAUGAGGCACAUGUUGGGAUUUCUGGGGUGGUCCUGUGCAGGGCCCAAAGCUGGACACAAUGAUCCUUGUAGGUCCUUUUUUAGGAGGAAUUUGCCCAUGGAAAGGGUGCUCACGCCUUGGCAGGGGCUGCCCAGGCAGCUUUGCAGUGCCCAUCCCUGCAGGUGUCCCCUGCAGGUGGCACUGAGUGCUCUGGGCUGGGGACAAGGUGGCCGUGGGGCACGGCUGGGACUCCAUGGGCUGGCAGGGCUGUGCCAGCCCCAGGGAUUUGGAAUUCUGUCUCUUUCAGCUCAGGAUAUUCCAUUUUUCUAUGAUUACAUGGCAUAAAGGUCAGGCUGGAGCAGUCAGAGCAUGGGGUGCUCCAGCACCUCUUGGUGACCUCUUGGAGUGAGACCUGAAGAUACCAAGGGUUAAAUCUGGAUCCUGAAAUGAGAGGACUUUGUUAGGGGCAGAGAGGAAUUAAUUUACCCUCCACUGCAUUUCCCCUGGUUGUUACAGCAGAGAAACAAACAGGAAUGUCUUUGUGCUGAGAGCAGAGUCCCUCAGUGGGAAUGGCACUGCAAUUCCAGCUCUGCUCUACAAUUCCAGCCUGCCUGGGGUCUCCACUGUGGAGCCCCCACACCUCUGCUGCCUGUGGUGUCUCCCAGUAUCCCUCUCCCUUCUAAGGAAAAAACUGCAUUUCCAGAAAUUCUUUUCCACCAUAUUCAGGCAACAACCAGUCCCAGCCAGGGGGAGUUGUACAAAUUCUGGUGAUUCAGACACACUCGUUCUGCAUUUCCCUGCAUUCAUCACUGACCCCAUCCUGCAUGGGCUUAGGGCAGCUGCUCUGCCCCUUUCCAUAACAUCUGUGAGCAGCUGGCUUUGCUCUGCUGCUCUGGGCACCCUGUGCCAGGGCCUGCCCACCCUGCCAGGGAACAAUUCCUCAUGGCCAAGAUCCCACCCAGCCCUGCCCUCUGGCAGUGGGAGCCAUUCCCCUUCAUCCUGACAUUCCACCCCUUGUCCCCAGCCCCUCUCCAGUUUUCCAGGGGUCCCUGACAUCCCCUGCUGCCUGGAGCUCCAUUCUGGAGCCACCCCUUCCUGGGUGCCCGCAGCAGCAGUGUGCUGGGAAAUCACCUCUGCCCUCCCAGCUACUCCAGGCUGGCCACAGCCAAAUGGGUCCUGUGGGGCAGGACGGGCUGGAGCUGAGGCGUAAAUUUACAGAGUGGCUGCAAAAGGCCAUUGCCAUGACAGACAGUCCCCAGGCACAGGGACAAGAGCCUAAUCCGAUUAAGAGGCUGAUUCACCUGCUGUUAUUCCUUUGCUGUUGUGCCCAUCUGAAGGGAUUUAGAGGUUAAAGAGCUGCUGUGGGGACAAAACCAACCAUCAGAGGGAUCAGUACAGGAGAGCAGCAGGGAGUGGGCCUGUCUGAAUGGAAAUUACUUCUGCCUCUCUUCCUCCUGCUUCCUCUGCCUUCCUCCUUCCCACUCAACUCUUUAUAGCCAUCAUUACCCAUCCAUGAAGAGUCAUCUUGCUCCCACACCGGUAAAACCCACUAAAACUACCAGUAAACAAUAAAAGCACCAGUAAAGCCAGGCCCUGAUGGGUCACAGCGUGGGUCCAGGCCUGCAGGCUUCUCACCACAAGCCAUGUCUCUGCCUGUUUUAACAGUUCUCCGGAAACCCAGCAUUUAUUAACCACAUUUUUAAAUUAAUAUUAAUGCUGCAGUCAACACUCCCCUCCAGCCCCUGUGUUUGAUGCUGUCCUGCCUGUCCCCGGCUCACCCUCCUGCUGCCCCUCCCUGAGCGUUUCCCUGCUGCUGGUUCAGAUGCAGCACAAAAGCAUCAUUAUCUUUUCCCUUUUAAAGCUCGGCCUUGAAGAGCUGAAAAUGAAUCUCCUAUCAGGGACGAGGCGAGUGCAUUGCUAAGAACAGCCCCAGAUGCAGCCUGGGUUUUAAUUUCACUGCCAGGGAAUUCAGGCUGCAGAGAGGAAAUAAAUGCAGAGGCCACUGAGGCCAUUUAUUGUCAUCCCCAGCUGGGCGAGCAGCUGCUGGCUGGGGAUGGCAAUGCCUGCCUGGGAAUUCAGGGCUGCACUAUUCCAUCGCACUCCUUGUAGCUCUGUAGGGUGAAUUUGGACACUUCUGGAGUGCCCAGAUCUGUGGAGAAGCAGGGGUGUGUCGUGCGUGUGCUGUGCAGCCACCAUGGUGCACUGGUCAGCCGAGGAGAAGCAGCUCAUCACCAGCGUGUGGGCCAAGGUCAACGUGGAGGAAUGCGGCGCCGAGGCCCUGGCCAGGCUGCUGAUCGUCUACCCCUGGACCCAGAGGUUCUUCUCUGACUUCGGGAACCUGUCCAGCCCCACGGCCAUCAUCGGCAACCCCAAGGUGCGUGCCCACGGCAAGAAGGUGCUGACCUCCUUUGGGGAAGCCAUCAAGAACCUGGACAACCUCAAGGGCACCUACUCCAAGCUGUCCGAGCUGCACUGUGACAAGCUGCACGUGGACCCUGAGAACUUCAGGCUCCUGGGUGACAUCCUGGUCAUCGUCCUGGCCGCCCACUUCACCAAGGACUUCACCCCUGCCUGCCAGGCCACGUGGCAGAAGCUGGUGGGGCUGGUGGCCCACGCCCUGGCCCGCAAGUACCACUGAGGCCUUGGGAGGCACCUGUGUCUGUAACGGGCAAUAAAAACCUCAUCUUCUGGAA